UAAUUGCCAUAACCUCCUCGAUUUCAAAUUCGCUAAAUAGUUACAUAGCUACAAAGUCAUGGAAGAUCCUAUCGUCGUUAUUAAAAGUGGGAAACUUCGAGGAAAAGUGGAAAUUGACUAUUGCGGGGGGAAAUAUUACAGUUUUCGAGGAAUACCAUAUGCUAAACCACCGAUUGGGAAUUUAAGAUUUAAGGCCCCUUUACCACCAGACCAAUGGUCAGGCAUACGAGAUGCCGUAAAGCACCAAAGCGAGUGUUGCUGUCGUGACUUAAUGUUUAACCAGAUCAUCGGAUCAGAAGACUGUCUUUACCUCAACGUUUACACCCCUCAGAUACAUUGUGAAAGUAUGCAUCUAAAGCCAGUCAUGUUUUGGAUACACGGUGGAGGAUUCGUACGAGGUUCUGGUAACUCGGAUACAUACGGGCCAGAUUUCUUAAUAACACAAGACGUGGUGAUAGUGACCAUUAACUACAGAUUGGGAAUAUUAGGUUUUUUAAACUUUGAAGAUCCAUCACUGGACGUACCGGGGAAUGCCGGUUUAAAAGAUCAGGUUAUGGGCCUGAAGUGGGUUAGAGAAAAUAUCGCGAACUUUGGCGGCGAUCCAUCUAACGUGACCAUUUUUGGAGAGAGCGCGGGAGCUGCUUCAGUCCAUCUACUGAUGCUAUCACCGUUGGCCAGAGACUUGUUUCACAAAGGCAUAGUACAAAGCGGCACCGCUUUUUCGUGGUGGGCUAAUGGUCAACGUACACUUCCUCUGCUACAAUUGGCACUAGACAUGAGUGGUCUCUCCGAGGAAGCGGCAUUGGAUAUACUUCUAGCAUUGUCGACAAACGAAUUGAUAGAGUUGCAAGAAAGGAUUCCGGACAACUUCCUCCCAUCGUUUCGAAGACCAUUUGUACCAGUAGUGGAAUCGCAUUUAUCAAAUAACACAUUUCUAUCUGAGGAGCCCAUCAGAAUUUUGAAAUCAGGCAGUUAUAGCCAUGUGCCUAUGAUGAUUGGAUUUACCUCACGGGAAGGAAUGAUAUCAGAUAUGUUUCGCAAUGACUCCAGUACCACACCAGAAGGCUCCCAGUUUGUUGUAGAUUUUGAAAGUAUGAUUCCACAUUCAUUUAAUACCUCUAGCGGAACGGAACUGUCAAAAACAAUUGCAGACAUAGUGAAACAGUUCUAUUUUGGAACCCUAAGUGUUUCCAAACAGAAGAAUCAAUACUACUUGAUGCAAGGCGACAGUGGUUUUAUAUGGCCUACCUACAUGUCUAUUAAGCACCAGCUUUUUACAUCCGCCCAACCAAUCUAUUUGUACAGGGUGUCGAUCGAAACUGAUUUGAAUAUCAUGAAAAUGUUAACCCAAAAUGUAUAUCCAGGUGCCUGUCAUGCAGACGAUUUGGGAUAUUUGUUCAUGAAUGCACUUACACCCCCUCUCGCGCCUCACAGCCUCGAACUACAAUCUGUAAAAAGAUUCACUACGUUAUGGGGCAAUUUUGCUAAAACUGGAAAUCCUAAUCCUAUUACUCCGGACACCCUUAUUAAUGUGCCAUGGAAACCCGUCGAAAAAGCAGACAAAUUGCAUUAUUUGGAAAUCGGUGAAAACCUUACGGUUGGCAUUAAUCCAGACCAAGAAAGGGCUGAGUUUUGGGAUGAUUUAUCACAAGAUUUAAAAAGUAAUAAACUGUAAUGAAAAUUGUAGUCUUGGUGCUGAUUAAUUAAAUAAAUCCAAGACAGAUUCGG